AUGGGCUGCCCACCGCACCUUGCUGCACCGUCGCCAGACCCGAAUAUAGACCCGAAACUGGCGCGGCCUCUAUCAGCAGCGAAGCUCCUCUGCCGACCUUUGCCUUCCGACUACUCUUCCGUCCCGAAGCUGCUCCACCAGAGCUGGAAAACCAACGAGCUCCCGGCAAAGUUCGAGAAAUGGAGCAGGGUGUGCCGUGAAAAACAUCAUGACUGGGAGUGGGUGUUAUGGACCAACGACGACAACCUCAAUCUUGUUAGGAAGCACUUCCCCUGGCUCGAGGAAGCGUACUUGGAGCUGCCAGGGGAAAUCUACCGUGCCGACUUCUCUCGGAAUUUGUACAUGUAUAUAUUUGGCGGAGUUUAUGCCGAUCUUGACACCGAUUGCCUUCGUCCCACUUCAGCCGUCUUCAAGGCCUUCGACAUCCCAAAUGUCGAGAACACCACCGCCGGCGCCGACGGCAAUCACAUAAACCAGUUCGCCGUAUUUGGGCGGAUGGGCACGAACGAGAACUUCGAUAACUCGAUCCCGAAUGCGUGGAUGGCCUCUUCCCCGGGACACCCAUUUUUCCUCAUGCCCCCAUUGUCCGUACGACCCCGGAUCGCAAAGAGUAAGUCGUUCAUAUAUUGGUUGUUUCAGCAUGUUUCGGCUGAGGAGUGGACGGGGCCGGUCGCUCUGUACAAUGCUAUGCUCGAUUUCAACACGAACGGGCUAAGCAAAGAGGCCGUUGCUAUGGCAGCCGUUGGUCCCUUUGCAUCGCUGGCGAAGAAAACCAAACAGGAGAUUGUCCUGCUUCCCAGUCAUUGGAUAUAUCCCUACGAUUGGAAUGUAAAAGAGUUGCGUCCUCUAUGCUCCGCUGAAGCGGAGACAUUCGACGCAAAAGCCUGCCAGGAGAGGCUAGAGGUCGACAAAAAGGGGGGCAUUUCUAUUACCUACUGGAGCCAUACUCAUGACAAUAAGAACGACAAUGCGAAGAAUAUCGACAGCCUCAGUAAUGAAUGA